AUGGUGGGUGGCUGCAGCGGCGGUAUGGAGGCCGAUGAGCAGAAGAAGCUGAAUGAUGACCUGGUGGUGUUCAUGAGGAAACGGAGCGAGACAGAGGCCCCUCGGUACACCGCAAGGCUCAAGACUUACGUGGACUUUCAGCAGAAGCGUCGCCGAGCAGCAGCCGCACGUCGCCACACUGAAUAUGCCCAUGCCCACGACAGGCAUGUGGCCGCUAAGAAGAAAGCGAAUAAUGACAACGAACUGCAAAGAGACAGGUCCGCGGAAAACAACGACAAUAGAGGUAUCGAGGAUGAUCACGAUCGUUUAAGUAAGAGGCGAGGUGGAGAAAAGUUAACUCAUCGCCCGCGUUCAUUGUCACGAUCCGAAGAGCCGGUAGACGCCUGUAGGAGACGCCGCCGCCGCUCCUGUCGACGCCGUCGCCGCAGCUGUCGUCGUCGCCGCCGUAGUUGCCGUCGCCGGCGCCGCCGGAGCUGCAGCCGCCGCCGCCGCCGACGCAGCUGCCGCAGGCGCCGCAGACGGUGCCGCCGCCGCCGCUAA